CUCCUGCUUCAGUCGCAUCGCCUCGAGUCGCAGUGGACUGGGGAUGAAGGUGAUGUCGGCACCCUCUUUAACCAGCCUCCCGAUCCACCAGUCAUUGUUGUACUUCUGAAGUCUUUGGCAUCAAAGUUGACCGCAGCUCCCUGGACAGGACAGUCCUCAUCCAGAGCGCCACAGUAGCUCACAUUGGUCUUCACAGCAAAAGCUACAGGCUCCAGGGCUCGAGGGAUCUCACACUUUGAGAUGAGCUCUGCGUGAAACACUCCGUCGGCAGGAUUUUGUCAUUCUGGGAAUAUGCGGGGAUAAUGCCGUACCAAAGUCCGCCACUAGAGGGAGCGCCGAGGACCUGAAAGCUGGCGAGUGGUGAACGGCGCCUGAGGACAGAUGAGUCAAUACGCCAAAGUUAGACAGUAGAAUAUCGGAAUUUACCGCGAGUGUUACGAGCCGAGAGGGUCAGGGGGAGGAGAGGCAAGGGAGUGGAGCGAGAAGACGACAGGAGGAGCUCCACUGGGUGACCAAUUCAAGCGGACCAUCCUCGGACAGCUACCCAGUUAAUGCUCCUCCACCCCGGCUUAAGCCGCCGACCAGCUCGCAGAAUCGGAUCAUCCGCAGCGGCGCUGUCGGGCAGCAGAAGCGGCUGAAGAUGAUCAUGGCCCAGCAGAAGCCAUGGAGAUAAACCAGUCCUCUCAUUAACCUUGCUCUUUGAUCGCUGGCACGAACACCAACUGGAGAUUUGUGGACGGCUGGUGCCCCCUUUGACCACAUCGAGUCACUCCUGCUUCGUGGCCUCUUAAGUGUGGCCUCCAGAAACUCCUUACUCCUUCAUCAAUUGUCCAGGUGGUAUAAAUGAGUGAACCGGCUGCAACAGAAAGGGAGGGGACAUGUACCAGAACCCCAACAGAAUGUCCUGGUUCAGUGGUUUCCUAGUCGCCAGAGUGGACGACCGCAAGACUGCGUGGGGGGAGCGCAAUGGCAAGAAGUCCAAACGAAAGGGAGGUUCUUCUCUCUGCAACCCGCGUUACAUGAGCUGUCUGCGGGACCCAGAUGCUAUGGAGCCUCCCUCUGGAGCCCCCCUCCAUCAGCACCACCGUGGAGCAAUGGCGGGGGCUGUUGGAGGAGGGAGCAGCUUCGGUGUCCGUUGCGGAUGGCAGGAGGACCACUACGGCAAAAGGCCAGGGGCUUCCGGUGAGGGUGUGGGGUUAAAGUCCGUUGACCUAGACUUUGAAGAUGGGGAUUUAAAAGGCAGGAAAGGCGGGUGCAAUGGCGGCAGCGGCGAUAUGGGCGAAGAUGGCCCCAACGGCUCGACGGGUGUGGUGACAGCUGCGGACUGCUGGCUUAGGGUCGUGCAGGUUUUCCAGUCCAAGAAAUUCCAAUCCCGCAAACUGGAGCGUCUAUACCAGCGCUACUUCUUCAGGCUGAACCAGAGCUCCUUGACCAUGCUCAUGGGGGUCCUUGUGAUUGUGUGCGGCAUCAUGCUGACCUUCCACUGUGUCCACGCCCCCCCUCAUGUGGCCUACUCGUCUGCGUUGUCUGUCGCGAUGGCGCUUUUCAUGGCCCUUAUGGUGGUGUGCAACCGAAACGGCUUCCAUCAGGACUACAUGUGGAUGGUCAGCUACCUUGUGAUCGGAGUACUCGUGUCAGUACAGGUGUUUGGAGUGCUCAUGGUGGCCCCGCGCAGCGCUUCAGAGGGGAUUUGGUGGUCUGUGUUCUUCAUCUACAUCAUCUACACACUGUUACCUGUCAGGAUGAGGGCGGCAGUGCUGAGUGGAGCAAUACUGUCCAUCAUACACGUUGUCACCACAUGGCAGAUCAACCAGGAGGACAAGUUUCUCUGGAAACAGGUGAGCGCCAACGUCCUGAUCUUCCUGUGCACCAACAUCAUCGGGAUUUGUACCCACUAUCCGGCGGAGGUUUCCCAAAGACAAGCCUUUCAAGAGACCAGAGGAUACAUCCAAGCCCGACUACAUCUGCAGAGGGAGAAUCAACAGCAGGAGCGUCUGUUGCUUUCAGUGUUGCCAAGGCACGUUGCCAUGGAGAUGAAGGCUGACAUCAAUGCCAAGAAGGAAGACAUGAUGUUCCAUAAGAUCUAUAUACAGAAACAUGACAAUGUCAGUAUUCUGUUUGCCGACAUCGAGGGCUUCACCAGCUUGGCAUCGCAGUGCACGGCGCAGGAACUGGUGAUGACACUCAAUGAACUCUUCGCCCGCUUUGACAAGCUCGCGUCUGAGAACCACUGCCUACGGAUAAAAAUUUUGGGCGAUUGCUACUACUGUGUGUCUGGCCUGCCUGAACCUCGGGCUGACCAUGCCCACUGCUGCGUGGAGAUGGGAGUGGAUAUGAUCGAAGCCAUCUCGCUGGUGCGCGAGGUGACGGGGGUCAACGUCAACAUGCGGGUCGGCAUUCACAGCGGGCGUGUUCACUGCGGCGUGCUGGGUCUCAGGAAGUGGCAGUUUGAUGUGUGGUCCAAUGAUGUCACACUAGCCAAUCACAUGGAGGCGGGAGGCAAAGCAGGUCGGAUCCACAUCACCAAGGCCACACUGCAAUAUCUGAACGGAGACUAUGAGGUGGAACCAGGUUUCGGAGGGGAGAGGAACGCGUACCUGAAGGAGAACAGCAUUGAGACCUUCCUGGUGCUGGGCUGCAGCCAGAAACGGAAGGAGGAGAAGGCGAUGAUGGCGAAGAUGCAGCGGACCAGAGCCAACUCUAAUGAGGGGCUGAUGCCGCGCUGGGUUCCCGACAGAACCUUCGCCAGGACCAAAGACUCCAAAGUCUUCAGACAAAUGGGGAUCGACGAAGCCUCCAGCAAAGACAACCGAGGCGUUCAGGAGACCAUGAAUCCUGAGGAUGAGGUGGAUGAGUUCUUGGGACGAGCCAUUGACGCUCGCAGCAUCGACCAGCUCAGAAAAGAUCACGUGAAAAAGUUCCUCCUCACGUUCCAAACCUCAAGCUUGGAGAAGAAGUACUCCAAGAAGGUUGAUGACCGUUUUGGUGGCUAUGUGGCUUGUACUCUUCUGGUGUUCUGCUUCAUAUCCUUCAUCCAGAUUGUCAUCUUUCCACACACCCCGGUGAUGCUGGGAAUCUACAUCAGUAUCUUCAUCAUACUUGCCAACAUCCUCUUCAUUUGUGCCAUAUAUUCUUGUAUCAAGCUCUUUCCGGCUGCUAUGCAGACUGUUUCCAGGAAGAUUGUCCAGUCUCGCACCAACAGCACUCUCGUUGGAGUAUUCACCAUCCUCCUUGUCUUCAUCUCUGCCUUUGUUAACAUGUUUGCCUGUGACACCAGGAGCUUAGCAGACUGUGUUGCUGAGCAGCUGAACACGUCGGCAGACUUGGUGACUCCGUGUGUGAUCCGCAGCUUGAAUGUGUCAGUAGAUGGCGGUUUAGAGAUCUGUCCGAGCGAAGGAACCCCCUGCCCCUUCCCCGAGUACUUCAGCUACAGUGUGCUGCUGACGCUGCUGGCCUGCUCGGUGUUCCUGCAGAUCAGCAGCAUCGGAAAGCUGGCCCUCAUGCUGCUCAUCCAGCUCACCUUCCUGCUGCUGGUCGAGUGGCCACAAGUAGCUCUGUUUGACAAUGCAGACCUCUUUGUCACCUCCAAUGCCAUAAAUUUAAAUGAAACAAGCACUCAAUGGUCCAGUUUCAAUGAAACUAUAAACGAGUGUCCAUUUGUUGUGACCAAAGUGUCCCUAAGGGUCAUGACUCCAGUGAUCCUCACAGUCUUUGUACUGGCUUUAUACCUGCACGCACAGCAGGUAGAAUCCACUGCACGCCUCGACUUCCUGUGGAAAUUACAGGCCACAGAGGAGAAGGAGGACAUGGAGGAGCUUCAGGCCUACAACCGACGUCUCCUCCACAACAUCCUUCCUAAGGACGUAGCUGCUCACUUCUUGGCUCGGGAGCGACGCAAUGACGAGCUCUACUACCAGUCGUGCGAGUGCGUCGCCGUCAUGUUCGCCUCGAUCAGCAACUUCUCCGAGUUCUACGUGGAGCUGGAGGCCAACAACGAAGGAGUGGAGUGUCUGCGGCUGCUCAAUGAGAUCAUCGCUGACUUCGAUGAGAUCAUCAGCGAGGAGAAAUACAGGCAGUUGGAGAAGAUCAAGACCAUCGGCUCCACCUACAUGGCUGCGUCUGGACUCAACGACUCCACCUACGACAAAGAGGGACGCUCCCACAUCACCGCGCUGGCCGACUACGCCAUGAGACUGAGGGAGCAGAUGAAGUACAUCAACGAGCAUUCCUUCAACAACUUCCAGAUGAAGAUAGGUUUAAAUAUUGGUCCGGUGGUCGCUGGGGUCAUUGGCGCCAGGAAGCCUCAAUAUGAUAUUUGGGGAAACACAGUUAAUGUGGCCAGUCGCAUGGACAGUACAGGUGUGCCUGACCGCAUACAGGUGACCACAGACCUCUACCAGGUGCUUGCAAAGAAGAGGUACGUCCUGGAGUGUCGCGGGGUCGUGAAGGUAAAAGGUAAAGGGGAAAUGACCACCUACUUCCUGAAUGACGGGCCGCCCAGCAGUUAGCAGCCGUGGUGAGCGCAGCUGCAGGGACACUCGACACCGAGCGAGGACUCACCACGUGAGCACGCGGCUGACAGAAACGACCAUCACUUGAAUCUGGAGGGAGGAGGGAGAAAUAACUGUUAACGGAUGGAAAUUUCUCGGCCACUUUGGCUCCCCCACCCAAGAUGAAGGACAAGAGUUCUCACGUCUGGCCUCUCUCUCAGGCUUCUUGAAAGAUAAAGUCUGUUUAUUAAGAAAAAAAACAAACAAAAAAAAGCCUUUAAGCCUGUGUCAAAAGAAGAUUAGCGCUGUACAUAAGGCUACUUUUUAUUUCUCUUUUUUUUUCCUUAUUUCACAUGAAUUCAAAGAAGGUACUUUUGAUUAUUUAUUUUGACGUUUUGUGCAAAAGGUCCUUUAUGACUCAAAUGUGCGCACAAAUAUCCGGUGGAAGACACACUCGCAUAUUUGUGUGACUAUAUGUAUAAAAUGAGGAGGAAUAUAUUUGACCAAAGACUAAAGUAUUUACUGAAAAGCAAGAUCAGACAUGUUUGAUAUGUUCUCGCUGAAGAUCACCCGCUUACAUGCUAGGAGUCCGUGCCGGCGGCGCUGACCGCUUCUAUUUUUUUAAUAAAGUAUGGACAUUAUUAGUUGUCUGUCAUUUUGGCAGCAAAAGGGAAGAGAGUUUGACCUUAACCACGAGAUGGAAUGUGAAGCAAAUGUGACCUCGGAGAAGUUCUGUUGAGGCUUGGCAGAGAAUUGGAGAAGUCGGAGGUGAAUAUCUUCUUUUAUUUAUUAUUUAUUUUAUUAAAUUCAUUUGCUUACUAACCUCACCUGUGGACACGAACAACAGUUUUUUGAGUCUUUGGCGGCUCUCCUUCCUUUUUAGGACGUCUUUAUUCAAAACCCCAUCACAGUCAACAA